AUGUCUACGGAUGGUGACACGAUAAGUAAGGCAGCAGAAGCAACCGGAGAGAAGGACGUGGGCAGUUCUCAAGAAGUAACAUGCGCGCAGUGCCCCACUGGGGCCGGACACGAGGGCCAAGAGACCGCGUUGUUGGUCCGCGAUGGGAAACAGAGCAGCGGGAACGACGAGGCGCAUGUCGUUCGAGGGGCUCCACCGUUGUUGUCUCCAUCGCCAACGACGACGGCGACGACGACGACGACGACUACAACGUCAGUGCUGGAAGGUUUGAUCCGAGCACACAGGGAGCGUCAGGCGGAACUGCGGGCCGUUGGAUCGCGGGCGUGGGAGGAGGUGCGGCAACACGCACAGGCGGCCUGUGAUGCUGUUACCGAUAGCGCUAACGCGGAGGUGUUUGCUGCGUUUGCACGUGAAAGGAAGAUUGAGAUGGAGCUCAAGGCGAUUGCCGCACGGUCCUCUCAGCUUCAGCGGCAGAUGACGGCGUGGGCCACACUUUUUGGGAAGUUCAACACGGAGCUGAAGGAAAUGGGGGAUUUGUCAAAUUGGGCCCGACGCAUCGAGGAGGACUUGUCGGAAACGGUGCAUCUCCUGGAAGAGCUGUCAGAGCGAAAGCGGCGGGCGCAGGGAAUGUAG